AUGGAUAUUUUGCAUAGACUGGAUAUUCCAGUCUUGUUCCCUAAGCCCAAGAGGGUCCGGGUGGUAAAAUGGCACCAACCCCCUCAGGGCUGGGUAAAACUCAAUACCGAUGGUAGUAGUUUCGGGAACCCUGGAACCUCUGGCGUUGGGGGUGUUAUUCGGGAUGAGGAUGGGAGAUUACUUCUGGCUUACUCUGUUCCCUUGGGUUUAGGUACUAAUAAUUUUGCAGAAUUCAGCAGCUUAUUGGAAGGUGUUCGCAGAUGUCACGCGCUUGGAUUUUAUCGUGUUCAAAUAGAGACUGACUCUCAACUGGUGGUCAAUUGGAUUGUUAAGAAUAAGUGCCCCAUUUGGUAUUUAGAAGACUUUUGGGAGGAUUUACAAGAACAUCUUAAUAGCCUAGAGUAUACAGUAACUCACAUUUUUCGUGAAGGCAAUGUUGUGGCUGACUUUCUAGCUAAGUGUGGAGCUGAAGGUUUGAACUCUGAUUGGUCUGAUAUUCAUAUGCUGCCUAGCCUGUUGAGGGGUCUUCUCCGCAUGGACAAAUUGGAUACUGAGGCAUUAAGUGAUAGCUGGUCCAAACUUGAGCAGAUAAGUAAUCUGGUCUCCAAGAAACAGUCUUUAUACCCAGUGAGCCUUGGCAAUUCCAUAAGGAGCUCUGCAAGCAAAGCUGCUUCUGGUGAUGUUAUACGCGAACGGUCAGUAGAAAAACUGUUUUCUAAUUUAAAGCGUGCAGCAGAACAGGAGCACAAGACAAAAAUGGAACCUGACAGCAAUGUGAAAUCGUUGAAGAACAAGCUUGUGUUCAACGAUGCCUUGUCGGCAAAACUGGUACAUUGGAAUGAUAGUGCCAAUUGCUGUUCGUGGGAAGGCGUAACCUGCAACGAGGGUCGUGUUAUUGGUCUCGACCUCAGUAAUGAAUCCAUCUCUGGUGUGCUUGACAACUCCAGCAGCCUUUUCAAUCUUCACCAUCUCCAGAAGCUAAACUUGGCCUAUAACGAGUUUGAUUCUUCCCAGAUUCCAUCCCAGUUUACGAAGCUCAGCAAUUUGACUUACUUGAAUCUGUCAACUGCAGGCUUUGCUGGGCAGAUUCCACUUGAGAUUUCACACCUCAAAAGGUUGGCUACUCUUGAUUUAUCCAUCCAUUCUUACCGGAGCACUUAUUUGCUUAUGCCUGAGAAGCCAAAUCUAUCUACGUUAGUUCAGAAUCUUUCGGGGCUUAGGGAACUUCAUCUUGAUGGUAAUCUCCAGUCCCUCUCAGUUAUUCAUCUGGCUGAUAACCAGUUUUUUGUUCCAGUUCCGGAAUUUUUUGCAGACUUCAAAAACUUGACAUCCUUGAGUUUCACCUCAAGCAAAUUGAAUGGGAAAUUUCCAGAAAAGAUCUUCCAAAUUCCGACGCUGCAAAGGAUUGAAUUAUCAGGUAAUAGUAUGCUACAAGGUUCUUUAUCAGAAUUUCCUUGGAAUGGAAAUCUUCGAACCCUAGAACUAGGGGGAACUUUUUUUUCAGGGACAUUGUCGGAUUCUAUUGGUAACCUAAAAAUGUUGGCCAUAGUUGAUUUGUAUAGUUGCAAUUUUAAUGGAUCAAUCCCAAAGUCAAUGGCAACCCUCACACAGUUGGUAUAUUUGGAUAUGUCAUACAACAAUUUCACAGGACCAAUUCCAUCAUUCAGUAUGGCCAAGAGAUUGACAGAAAUUUACCUUACCCGUAAUGAUUUAACAGGUAAGAUUACUUCCACUCAAUGGAAAGAACUUCGGAAUUUGGAAAUCCUUGACUUGGGAUACAAUUCGCUUGAAGGUGGUCUUCCGAUUUCUCUAUUUUCUCUUCCGUUAUUGCUGGAAUUACGACUUUCCAACAACCGAUUUUCUGGCCAACUUGAUGAGUUCUCCAAUGUUUCUUCUCACCCACUAUACAUCCUUGAUUUGUCCAACAACAACUUGGAAGGGCCAGUACCGAUGUCUGUUUUUGAACUCUGA